CUAUUGAUGACGUCAUGCUGUUUAGUGGUUUACGUGUGUGGUAACUGAUGCGGGUUGGCGUGAUGAGGAAGUCGCUGAUAUAAGUACCACCAACCAAACUGACAUUGCACAGAAUUCACUGCAUCUGGCGGGAGGAUGGACGGAGCCGUAGCUGUGGUUCUGAUGCUAUCAGCAAUGGCAGUGCUCCUGUUUGGCGUGGAGAGCCAGCAGAGGGUGUGUUACUCCGGUCCCCCACCGGAACCUGAUCCUGAUAACCCGGAUGACUGGAUGAAGCAAGUCAUGCAAGAGAUACGGAAGCGAUGUCCGGGAAGGAGGCAACCUACCCCGGUUGCUACGGAGAAACCCACCCCGGCUGCUACGGAGACACCCACCCCAGCUGGUACAGAUCCAGAGUGGCGACUGUUGUUCAAAGGCGUGGCAGGAACUGGAGUGAGUCUGUAUGACAUGUGGACCGCAAUGAACUGGACCUCGAGUUAUGAGGCCAGUGGCCAUCGCCGUGAUAAUUCCCUCUACCAAGCCUGGCGCAACGGACAGCUGCAUGUCCGACAAGUAAAUCUUUCCCUACAUGACAGCUCGGGGGUGAGAGCCGAGUUGAUCUUCAAUGGAACCGGCUCCGACAUCAAGAGUUGGUUCACACAGACACGCCUGAUUUCAUCACCCUGGGAUGAUCUCAAAUCGGCUCAGUUAACUGGAGGUCAUGCACUUGGUCAGUUCUUCAGCAUUGACGGUAACUAUGAAAGGGAUUGGCGGUUUUACAUCAACAACAACUUUGGAGGAUGUAAGGGAGAUGAAGGCUGGCUGGUUGUGAUCGAGUCUAACUCACUAUUCUGCCACUGGGACAGACAGACGGCGGCUUAUCCCUACCCAUUCAUACUCUACAGCGCAACCAACAGCAAGGUGACGUGGGACCGUGUGCGUUCAAACGAUGGAACAGUUGGAAGGGCAGAUAGCCUUACCAUCCACAUCGAUGCUGAGUGAGCCUGGAUCUACAACAAAAUCAAGAAGGGAAGGGGAGGAGUGAUCUUAGCCCCGCCCCUCCCUCCGUCGACAUGUUUUGAAUUUAUGUAAUUAACGGAUUGAAAUAUAUGCUAAUAGGGUGUGAUUCCUUAGCCACGCAUACGCAGAUCUGAAGUAUGACUAGUUAGUACAACUUAUUUACGGCGCCAUUUACUGCUUUAAAAAUAAGUCGCUUUUCGUAUUUUAAAAUUAAUUGUACUUAAGCAGGUGUUUUUUUCUUGGUAUAAUGUGAAGUUCAAUUACUCCAUGUCUAUUGACCAAAUGCUGAAGGAAAAACAAUCGCUCAGAAUUGUUAAUGCAUGGUAAAAGCAACUUGUUUUGCAAUAAUAGCCCCCUUUUUGCUAGUCUGAGUAUUAGCCGUUGUCCACGGAGCCCAGUCUCCGGUCUAACGUCUGAUAUAUCGAAGCAUGCAGAUUUAUGCGACCCCUCGCGUAAGCUUAUCGGAGUCGACGCAACCUCGUCCCCAGUGCUUACUUUAUUUCCAACCGCGUUUCCAAUAGUAAACCCUGGAUAGG